CUCCAUCGCACCAAAGCGUGUUUGGCCAUCGAACGAGACGGACGUGUGUGCUCUCUGCUGCUGCUGUCGGGGCUUCGUACGUGGAUACUUGGAGUGUUUUUUGUUUAAUAAAUAUACAAGUGUUUAGCAGAGCCGGAGGCACAAUCACAAAAAUUAAAUUAUUGUGUAUUGGGUUCUAUUAUACGGAAAUCUAGUGAAGUUAAGUGAACAUAAAAAGCCCGCAAACAAACGCAAAAGGCAACAUACGACCGGAAAAAGCGCGCGUAUGUGUUGCGAAGGGGGAGGAGGAAAAGGAGAAGGAAACCAAAAAGGAAAAAAGUCGUCGCCUGAAAGUGCGAUUCCAGUGAAAUAUGUUAAUUAAAAGUUGCAAUUAGUUGCAAUUGGAUGGCAAUUUCCAGCCAUUAGCAUUAGAAAUCGCACGAGUCAAGUGUUUAGCACCCGAGAGAGAAAAUCAAAUCAGAGAAUCGGAGAGUUGCAAAGCAAAUGCAAAAACAACAACAGGAAAAGCAACCAUAUUUAUUCACAUUCUAUUGUUGUUGGCAACGCGGAAGCCGCCCGCUCCGAAGUUCGCAGUAAAUAAAGCCAAAAAGUGUGUUUCAACAACAAUGAACCAUUAAACCGUUAACAAAAGUGCUGAAAUAGUUCAUUUACAAUUGGAGCUACCUGCUGUUGCUGCGUCACGGCGAGAGGGGGGAACACUAGUGUCCAGAAGUCCAUAAAAAGCAUUUUGGGCAAUAAAUUGAAAUUCGGUGCACAACAUUACAGCGAAGAGAACCCCAUGGAAUGGCGCACAAAUGGAAUGAAAAUGUAUUUUUAAGCGACUGAAAACCCACAAAACAGCAAGAGACACAAACAACGCCCAGAGUAGAAUUGUUCACUUGACCCACAGACACAGACACAGACAGAGACCUAAAGGGAGAGUGCAACAGAGACAGCUAGAGAGCUAAAGAGAGACAAAAUGCGUGCGGGCCGUUGGCUGAACGAUGGCUUAGUGCUGGUCGUUGUCGUCAUUUUGGCCAUAACACAGGCACGUUUCAUUGCGAAAAGAGAAACCAACAGCGAAACGGAAACCCCUGUCGUUGGCAUGGAGGAGGAGACGACUGCUGCCAAUAAUUUGAAUGCCACUUCCACAGCGGCUGCUGCUGCUGCCAUUGACCCUGACAUUGUUCGUGUGGCAGCCAAAGCAGCGCAAGAGCCACCAAAGGAUACAGAAGCCACAGCCAAGGAAGAUCCUGCCACAACGACAACAGAAGUCAGCCAAAAGGUUACGCAGGAAGCAACAGCAACGAAUGCCAGUCGAUCCACGGAGCAUGGACGUGCCAUGCAGCUGGCAUCCACCACAGAGGCUGCCGUCACGCCCAUGAAGCUGCGAGCACUGCCCAAAAUCACGACAACUCCUCUGCCCUUUGCCUCCAAUGAGAACGCCAUUGAAGAGUCCACUUCGACGGUGCGCCAGCUGCCGGAGAAGCGAGCAAAAUUCAUCAGCGAAAACUCCACGAAUGCGCAGCAGUUGCUGCUGCCCAACACGGCGGAAGUGUGGAGUCUGGCGGGAAUGAAGUCGGUGCCCAAGAGUCCUGCGACACCAGUGGGUAGCUCCACACUUACCCCAGAACAUGCCACUGGGGCAGAUAAUGCCACGGCGAUGGUGCUGCCGACCGCAGAGCUCGCCAAUGACAUAGAGGAGCCGCCGCAGAACCAAACGGAGCUGCACAAGGAGAAGAAUCUGUUGGACUGGCAGCAGAUUGCACUGAUGCAGUCGCCAGUGCCCUCUACGGCCGAGAACCGAACAGAGUUUGCAGUCAGCACCACACUGGAUGCCACCGAAGAGGCCACGCAGGUCACCACAGAGUCCUUGGAAGGACAAGCGACACCAGAGACGACUGUGGCUCCAUUUACAGCGGCUGGAGGUGGCCAUGGACUCAAUCUGACUGAACCGGUUCUUGUCAUAGAAACCACAACUGUGGCAAAGGAAACCUUGGAGCAGGAGGUGCUCACAUCCACUGCCAGGCCAGAGACCACAACCAGCGUCCGUUCCGCGGAGCUUGUGGCGGUAACGGAGGAGGCAACAACCAAAGCGGAGGAACUGCAGCUAACAACAGCUGCAAUGGCAAUUGAAAGUGCAACUGCAACUGCAACUGCAGCAACAAUGGAGUCACCAACAUCAUCAUCAUCCACGCCGGCAGGGAUCGCUCCACAUGUGUCACCAGCUGUGGGGGCGGUAGACGCAGACCAGGAGAUGAUUACGACUGCCAGAACGAGCAGCAUCGAUGGGGUUUCAAGUGCACCGAGUCCCAGUUCCAACACAACUGAAAUGGCAAUAAAAGCCGCAACGCCGCACACGAACGACGACGACGACGUCAUCAAUGCUGUCUCCCCAAGCCCCAAGCAGUCUCAGUCCCAGUCACAGUCGCAGUCAGAGAGGGAGCAACAGCAACAGCAACAGCAAGAGCCAACGGACCCCACGACAACAGCAGUUAGUAGUCGAGCGGCUGUCGAGGAGAGCGCAAGCACAACGACGACGACAACGCCAACGACGGUGCCGCAGUACGAGUUAAGUGAACAAAAAAGCGAGACAACAACAACAGCAACAACAAUUACGAGUACGAGUACAACAACAACUAAAACAACAACAGCUGAGGAGGAGGCAACAACUGUGGAGGAGACAACGACGCCAACGCCAACGCCAACGCCAACGCAAACGGAAAUUGUCCAAAUUAGCAAUGAAGUGAAUUUAGAAACGGCAACAGUGCCAGCUCCUCCAGGUACAGUUCCAGCAACAACAACAACAACAGCAGAGCCAACAGUAAGCAAAUCGAAGGAGGAAGAGGCAACCACUGAGGACAUUUUCAGUUCCAUAAAUAGCAAGAAAACCGAUACAAGUGAGAACUUUUUAAAGAACUCCUCAACAACAACAACAACAACAACAGCUGCCACAACAAUUGCCACAACACCUGCCACACAAGAGGAGGUUAAACAGGGCACAGAGGUUACCGUUGGUGUUACCGUUACCGUUAGCCCCCUGUUCAGUGACCUCGGCCCGAAGGCAAAUAACGAGCACGAAUCCUCGCUGGAAACGAACAACAUUGGCGAAGCAGAAGCUGAAGAAGAGGCGGCGACCACAACAGCAGCAGCAGCAGGAGUAGGGGCGGCAGCGGCAGUGGGGGCAGGGGAAGCUCCUACCCUAAAUGCUUUGGACGAGAGGGAAACAGGGAAAGCAGCAACAGGUGCAAAGGGAGCGCCAUCGGAUGAGCAUUACGAUGAGGAGAACGACACGGGCAAAGGCCAACAACAACAGGUGGAUGAAGUGCAUGAAAAACAAGUUAUCAAAGGGGAGGAGCAGCAGCCAGAGCCAAAGCAAACAUUAGCCAAAACUAUGGCAGGAAACGGCACAACAACCACAACAGAAGCAGCCACCACAAGCACCAGCAGCAGCACCAGCACAACGGCAAAAACAACGACUGAAAUGCAACCGCCGUUGAUAUCCCUGCUGGAUGAUAGCACAACAAAGUCAACAACCACAACGACAACUCUCCCAACGCCAACAGAAGUCAACUCGAGCAGCUUGAGGCCAGCGAUCAGCAUGCUGCCAGAGAACACAACGCUGAUCCGGGCUCCCCCUGCGACUACCACCGAAGAGCCUUCGGACUUCCUUGCCUCCAGUGAGUCACCCACUGCCCCGAACAUCAUAAUGGCAGCGUUUCCCAACGACAUGGGCAACAGCCCCGCGCAGGGUGGUGGCACGGAUGUCAAUGUGAUUAUCGCCAUCACAGUGAGCGUCAUCGGAGUGGUGGCCCUGAUCCUGCUGGUGGCUUUUCUCUAUCUGAUGCGCAAGCGCCAGAAGCAAAUGUCCUACGGGCAGCGCUGUCGACCCGUCAGCUUGGAUGCCUACUCACUGGACAAUGUCUCGGUGCUGGGCAGUGUGCGGCGGAAGGGCAGGGACUUGCGUGCCUCGAAGCGCACCUACGGGAAUGCGGCCUUCGACGAUCCAUCGCUGCGGCACAACCUGCUCUCCGCCGUGGAGUUGGGCAAGUUCGUGGAGCGGCGCUCCAGCAUAUUCGAGGAGUUCCGCGAUGUGCCGCAGAUCAUUGCGCGAGCGGACGAGGUGCCAGCCGGCUGUGAGGACAAGAAUCGCUACGCCAACGUGAUUCCGCUUCCUGAGACGCGUGUGGUGCUUCAGCGACGCAGCGAUGAUGACAAAACGGAAUACAUUAAUGCCAAUUAUGUGCGGGGCCCGCGGGAUGCGCCCAACUACUACAUUGCCUGCCAGGCGCCCAUGGAGAGCACCACAAGUGACUUUUGGCGCAUGAUCUGGGAGCAGCAGUCACGCGUGAUUAUCCAGGCCACGGAUCUCAACGAGAACGGCAUCGAAAAGUGCGCCGAGUAUCUGCCGCCGUCGGCCACGUUGGAUAAUCACAGCAGCUAUGGGGACUACCAGGUGACGCUGAAGAAUCGCGAGGUCAAGGACAAGUAUGCCAUUUCCACGCUCAUGCUGAAGCGCGUGGAUGGCGAGGAGUGCCGCGAGCUCACCCACUACUGGUACAAGUGGCCCGAGGCGGGUGUGCCGGCCGAGGAGGCGCCCAUCAUUGCCAUGCUGCUGGAGGCACGCUCCUCCCUGAAGUCGUACUGCCUGGAGCAGCAGGCCAGCGAUCUGAAGGAGAAGUCAACGACGGCCGAGUCGUCGGUGGAUGCGGAGGCGGCUGUCGGCAAGGCUGAGGAGAUAAAUGGAAAUGUGGGCAGCAGCAGGGCAGGCUCAGCCACUCGCAGCCAGCAGGGACCGCUAACCGUUCAUUGUUCUCCAGGCACGGGCCGCACCGGCACCAUCAUUGCCUCGGACAUGGCCAUUCGCAGCUUGGAGACGCCCAAGCGAUCCGUGGACAUACCACAGCUGGUGUACUAUGUGCGGCGCGGACGUGCCAGCGCCGUUCAGACCAAGGAGCAGUAUGAAUUUAUCUACAAGGUGGCCAACAUGUACGCGACCAAGAUCACCAAUUUAUCCAAUGAUAAUUGAGGCAGCGCAACGCAACGCAACGCAAAGCAACUUUAUCUCCCGGAGUAUAUAUGAUGAUAAAAUAUGAUUCUAAUUUAGUAUUAUCUCUUUACGUACGCAACGCUACGCAUGCAACUGCGUUGAAUGUUUUUUUGCACCUGAUUUGUCGUCGUGUCGUUAUUUUGUCGGGCUUUGAAUAUCAUUUCAGAAAAUGUAUGUAUUCCUUUAUUAUUGUGAUAUAAUCGUACAUUUUGUAUAUCUCUUGAUAAUCUGUUGCAUAUUUAUAAUGUGAAUUUUGUUUUUGUUCUGCACUGGCAGCAGGUCAAAUUUAUUUGGAAUGUAUUCCAUAUUUUAAUUGUAGAAAGUCAUUAUGUAAUCAAUCUAUUUGUAUGUAUCUAUUUUAAACGAGCUUUAAUGUACAUAAGGUAUUUCUUAAGUAAACGAAAAUCUGUAUUGAUCACUCAUAUUAUUGCAAAAUACAAAGAAAAUGAACCACUCAA